AUGAGCUUUUUAAACUAAAUGGUUUUAAGCACGUCACUUCCCAGUUAGAUUUUCGAUCCUCACUCUUUUGGUAUAAUGUCAAGUUAGGUGAUAUUUGGGGGUAUACAUCAGUUCAAAUCGAAUUCGUCUUCAAAGCGUUAAACACAUUUUGAGAAAAGGGCAAAAAUUGAAUGAAUUAAGUGAAAAAAAAAUUCGUAUCAUGGCAGAGGAGAUUGAGGUUGAGGACACAGAGGACUUCCACGAUCUGGACUUUAAUGACGACGAGGCAUCCGGCAGUGGAGGAGGAGGCGCUGGCGGCCAGCUCAAGGAGGAUCGCUUCGUGGUGAAGAAGUGGGUGGCGCACGCCUUGUGGUCGUGGGACGUGGCCGUGGACAACUGCGCCAUCUGUCGCAACCACAUCAUGACGCUGUGCAUCGAGUGUCAGGCGGAUCCGAACGCGAACCAGGACGAGUGCACGGUGGCCUGGGGCGAGUGCAACCACGCCUUCCACUACCACUGCAUUGCGCGCUGGCUGAAGACGCGGCUCGUCUGCCCGCUGGACAACAAGGAGUGGGUCUACCAAAAGUACGGACACUAGCGAGGAAUAGGGAUCUGGAUCUGGUCUGGGUGUGUGGUGACAUGUUGGGGUGUUCUGCGUGACUGAAUGUUAACUAAAUUAGAGCUGACUUGGGUUCCCAAAAA